AUGGCCGACAAACUCCUAGACCUCCACAUCCCCUCCCGCCCCGCCGUCCUCGACAGCGUCCGCCUUGGCAGCAUCGAGCUCCCGCUCCCCGCCGCCCCAGAUCCAUGGCACCGCCCAGAGAAAAAGCAGCCCUGCACCGCAACCCUCAAGCUCUCGUACUCGUCCGCCGUGGCGGCGGCGGCCGCCGAUGACGUGUCGCUCUCGCUGGACUACGGCAAGCUGUUCCGGCGCCUCGAGAGCGACGUCCGCAACAUGGCGCUGCAGCAGCAGCACGCGCUCCAGCGCAUCAUCAGCGUGGAGGGCACGCGGCGCGAGGAUAUGCGCGCCAGUGCGCUGGGCGAGGAUCCGCGCGUGACCGCUGCUAUUGUUGCGAAUUGUGGGCUGGGGUUGCUGGAUGAGACGGCUGCUGGGGUGCGGCGGAUGGCUCAUACCCACCAGAGUCCGCGGUCUAGCUUCUCUGGUGCUAGUACUGGUGCUGGUGCUGCUUGGGUUAACUCGGCUCCCAUUGCUGCGGACUACGGCCAGUGCGAGGUUGAGCUGCACCUGCCCAAGGCGCUACUGCGCGCUGAUGGCGGGCUGCUUUAUCGCUGUGUCACUGUGUGGGGGUAUCACCAGCGGGCUCGCUCUGCGGAAGCGGAGGCGAUUGACUCGGCGGUGCGGUGCCCUGUUGUUUUGGAGGAGGAGUUCCGCAUCGACGGGAUUCGCUGCUACUGCAUCCUCGGCGUCAACUCGCAUGAGCGCGUUGAGAAGCAGGCUGUGGUUAUCUCGCUUGAGUUUAAGGGUCCGGGACAGCUGGCUUGGGGGUCGACUGUGGUUGAUACCUAUCAGACUAUGACGCGGGCUGUGGCAGAGAAAGUCGAGGAGACCUCGUUCCAGACUGUCGAGGCGCUGGCGACGUUUGUGGCUCGCAUUGUGACGGUGGACUUUGGUAACGAGCGCGUCACGGUCCUCGUGGAGAAGCCCAGUGCCCUGGCAUUUGUUCAGCGAUCUGGCGUUGAGAUUACUCGAUCGCAGGAGUUUUUCAAGAACCAUGAUGUUCCGCGGCGGUGA